AUGUACCACAAAGGCGCAAUUGAGGGCUACCCUCUUCAGACCUAUGCAUCCGCAUUGCUGUUUAGCCCGACAGGUAGUCUCGUCAGACAGCUGUUUAAGCACGAAGAGCUAGAAGCAAUCAGCAUUAGGCCAACUCUAAGCGAGGAAUGGAGUGCGUGUCUGCAGACGCUCGAGGGCCAUAGCAGUACAGUCACCUUGGUGGUCUUCUCGCCCGACUCGACGCGGCUGGCCUCUGCGUCCGGCGACAGCACCGUUAAGAUGUGGGAUGCGAGCAGCGGCGCGUGUCUGCACACGCUCGAGGGCCAUAGCGAUUGGGUCAGCUUGGUGGCCUUCUCGCACGACUCGACGCGGCUGGCGUCAGCGUCCUACGACAGCACCGUUAAGAUGUGGGAUGCGAGCAGUGGCGCGUGUGUGCACACGCUCGAGGGCCAUAGCAGUACAGUCACCUCGGUGGCCUUCUCGCACGACUCGACGCGGCUGGCGUCAGCGUCCUACGACAGGACCGUCAAGAUGUGGGAUGCAAGCACCGGCGCGUGUGUGCAGACGCUCAAGGGCCAUAGCCAUUGGGUCAGCUUGGUGGCCUUCUCGCACGACUCGACGCGGCUGGCGUCAGCGUCCUACGACAGCACCGUUAAGAUGUGGGAUGCGAGCAGUGGCGCGUGUGUGCAGACGCUUAAGGGCCAUAGCAAUGAAGUCAGCUCGGUGGCCUUCUCGCACGACUCGACGCGGCUGGCGUCAGCGUCCCACGACAGGACCGUUAAGAUGUGGGAUGCGAGCACCGGCGCGUGUGUGCACACGCUUGACGUUGGCAAAGUUCUCUUCCAUUUAUCGUUCGAUCGCAACAGUUCUCGCCUCCUUACUGAAAUCGGGUCUAUCGAUACUUAG